UUCUUCCUUGUCAAUUUUAUCCUAAGUGACUCAGUUACUCUUUUUCUUGUAACAUCUUCACAUCUGGAAAUGAGAAACUGCUCCCUUACAAGGUUGCUUUUGCACAAGACAAGCAGAACCUUUCAUGACAUUACCAAAGCUUGGAAUCAACAAAAUUUAUCAAAGUGGAAAACCACAUUGGAGGAGGAGUUGGCAAUUAAUGUUCCCAAUGAUAGAGAAAAUGCGUGCAUAUACAAGGUCCCCAUUAACAUGCGUAAGGUGCAACCCGACGCCUAUGCUCCCACUAUCAUCUCAAUCAGUCCUUACCAUCUUGGACAAAGGUUACAAGCAAUGGAAGAGCUAAAAUGGAAAUUCUUUCACUGCCUCUUUCGUCCAAAACAGCCUAAUGGGGUGGAACUAGACCCAGCGAUGAAAGCCAUGGAAGAUUUGGAGCAGGAUGCUCGUAGAUGCUACUGGGACAAUGCUGAACAACAUAGUAAGGAUAAAUUUGUUAGGAUGAUGCUGGUUGAUGGCUGCUUUAUUGUGGAGCUCUUGAGAGUUGAAGCACAACAACUUUCAGUGUGCUCCUCUGUUCAAAGGUGGAUGCUGCCUACUCUUCGUCGGGAUCUGAUCAUGCUUGAAAACCAGCUUUCCUUUUGUUUUGCAGAAAUUUCUCAAAGGGAUGUGCGGGCCAUGAAUGCACAAGGAAUUCAGAACACGUUGCAUUUUCUUGGCCUUUUCAGGCAAAGUAUCCUCCCAUUUCCUAUAAACUUAUCACAAGGACUAAAAAGUAUCAAGACGAGCGGUUCGAGCAAUGCAGCAGAAGAGGGGAUUGACAUGGUGCGGUCCAUGACGGAGCUAAUGGAAGCUGCUCUGAGGGAGGUGGCUAAAGUCCCUCCUCUCUACGUCGAUGAUCACAAGGGAACCCUGUUUCGAAACAUGGUGGCCUAUGAACAAUGCCAUCCCAAGUGCAGACCUUAUGUCACAUCGUAUUUGUUCUUUUCGAUGGUUUGA